UUUUCCGCAGUGAAGGCCGGGUAGCAGUAGCGAUGGCAGCGCUGACGGAUGUUCAGAGGCUACAAGCCCGAGUGGAGGAGCUAGAACGCUGGGUGUACGGACCAGGCGGAGCCCGUGGCUCGCGGAAGGUGGCUGAUGGUCUGGUCAAGGUGCAGGUGGCUUUGGGGAACAUUGCCAGUAAGAGGGAGAGAGUGAAGAUUCUGUAUAAAAAGAUUGAAGACUUGAUUAAAUACCUGGACCCUGAGUACAUCGACCGAAUUGCCCUAUCUGAUGCCUCUAAGUUGCAGUUCAUCUUAGCAGAGGAGCAGUUUAUCCUCUCCCAGGUUGCACUCUUGGAGCAGGUGAAUGCCCUGGUACCCAUGCUGGACAGUGCUUCCAUUAAAGCUGUUCCUGAGCAUGCCGCCCGCCUGCAGCACUUGGCCCAGAUCCACAUCCAGCAGCAGGACCAAUGUAUGGAGAUCACUGAGGAGUCCAAGGCUCUUCUGGAAGAGUACAACAAGAUUGUAUCCUUUUUGCGUACCCUAACAGUUCGUGCAGUGGGACGAGCUACUUUGCCAGCUAGAGGCUGCCAAGCAAGUAAAGCCAGCAGAAGAGUGACAGCUACUCCCCAUCCCAGAGCGGCCAGGCUCCUGGGCUCUGUGCCAAUCUGUCAAGGCAAAGAAAGUUUUGUAUUUAUUGGAUUCAGGGACCACCUGUCUGCACUCCAGUGGGGCUCUAAGGUCAGAGGUCUAGUUACCUGGAAAUUGUGAUUUGCAGAUCCUUCUCUAUCAGUGUAUUUAUUCCAGUGACAAUAAACUAUAGAGAUCUCUGGG